AUGGCGGAAUGCGAUAUUCGACUCCCACAGCGUCGUUCCUCGUCACAGACUUCCUCGUCUUCUCGACAAAGUCAGAAGGCUAGAACCAUCCGUGCAAAGUCCCAGAAGCGCCAUUCCGCCUCCCCCAAUACCGUCGCCACCGACCUGACCUCCUUCCCCUCCCUCUCUCCAGAUCGCUCUCCGCAGGGGUUUUUGGGCCAACCGGCGCUGAACCAUGCCUUGACCAGUGCCUUGUUAGAUCCUGAUAGUGGUGACUACUCGAGCGAUAACAGUCGCGAUCGGAGGGCGACGCUGGCGAAACUGACGAGUGGGUUCCCGCACAACCCGGGACGCUCUGCCCUUUUUGAGGAUUCCAUUCCGAUCCGGGAUUUCCCUGGUGCUCUACACCUGGCGGAUGAUCCGCACAUUGAACGAUUGAUUGCAAACAACGGCCCGGUUAAACUGGUUCGCCAAUUUGCUCGCGACCUGGCCCAACGCGAUGCCGAAAUCUCUGCCUUACGCCAGCGCGCCGAUGCAAGGGAGAGGGAGCUGAAGAGGAUGCUACGGGAGGCCUCCGUCUCCAAUAAAGAUAUUGAAUAUCGGCUCUACGCCCUAGAAAACCCCCCUCACAAGCCCAUCAAGACCCGAGAGAACGGCGAUCCUGGCCACACCGCCAAGUCGUCAGGUGGAGUCGGUGGGCUCAUGCAGCAGGCGAUGACGGAUGGGAUUGGAUACCAGCUGCCGCAUGAUUCUUCAGAUGCUGCCGCUCCCCCCCAGCUGCAGACUACCAUUCGUGCGCCCCAGCGCCUAGACCCCGAUGCUAAAUCAGGUACCUCCAGUACUGAAUCGGCCGCCAAUCGGAGGCGCCAAAGCUCUCUCCGAAGUUGGCAGGAUUUUCUUUUUGGGAGCGCUGCCGGAAGCCGGAAAACAAGUCGGGCAAGCAGUAUUAUGACGGAUCUGGGGGAGGAUGAGGAAGAUGAUGCCCAAUAUCAGAUUACGUCGGGUAACGUCGCUCGACGGAAAGCGCUCGACGAUCGAUUGUUCCAGCCGCCUCCAGACGUGUCUUCGGGCGGAGAUGAUGCCAGUACCCAUUCACGCAAGUCAUCGAAAUCUGUCUCGUCCUGGACCAUCAAGCUAUUUGCUGGCAAUUCCCAAGCGAAUAGGGAUGACGAUUCUGGGGUGAUCAGUCGCGGGAGAGCUUCUUCAGCGAAUGGAGACAGAAGUAAGGGAACUUCAUCCGCAUUGGCUGGCACUCCCAAAGGAGGAAUGUCGGCUGUCGCCGCCUUGAAACGGAUCAAUAGCAACACGAGCAUGCAUAGCGCACCGGGGAGGACGAACGGGUUGAGUGGCAGUACAAGAUCGAAUCCGACACAUCUCGGCCCCGUGGAGAUGGAUGCCAUUCUUCCAAUGGAAUCGCGCCCCCCCACGCUUUCGCCCAUCUACAAUAACUACCUUGGCGGCGAUUUUCUAACCGACCGAUUUGGAUUCAUCUAUGAUCAGCGUCGAAAAAGAAGGCAACGAGAAGCGAGUGCGCUCAAGACCAAUCCAAGCCGGCUGAGCAUCGCGGAGACCUUGAACACCUUUCGAAGCGAUGUCUCAGACGAUAAUGACGAUGACGACGACGACGAUGAUGAUGAUGAUGAUGAUGAUGAUGAUGAUAACGAUUUGCCGGAGCUGCUGCCGUUUGCGACUGGAUCCCAACCUUCACCUGGUACUGAAACUCCGGAGGAUCCAGACUCUACUGCUUCGGGGACCCGAAGAUGGCAGGACUAUUUGAGAGUCCCGUCUGCGCCAACGGAAUUGCUGUCACAUACGCCUUCUGCUGGACCGAUUGUGUCCCUGACUACCGCGGGUGAAGAUCAACCACGCAUUAAUACAGCCCCCGUGUUUGGCAAACGUGGCUCGCUUGCGGUCAACUCUAACCCUCAGCCAUCAGCCUCUACGUCUACCGUUGUCGCAGAUCGUCCAGAGUUUGCCGGGACCUCGAUUGAUGAAAUAGCCGGCCCGGCAUCCGGAGGCGAAAAUGAACCGGUCAAGCUGCUCCUUGAGCAGCUCACUGAGCUCCACGACUUGUUGCAGAGAGACAGAACUGUCCGAUGGAAUGAGUUCUUACGCAAGGUGCGCGCGGAACGCAGAAGGGAGGGCGAAGCUGCAGCCGCGGCUGCAGCUGCAUUGGACCGACCCCUGCAAUCGGUCGAUAUGCCCGAAGUGGCCCUCGCCGACGGCGAAAUGGUCGGGAUAUCUGGCUUGGGAAACAAAGGAAAAGUUGGCCGUGCGAAGUGGCGGGAGUUCCGAUCUCUCGUUCUUGGUGGAAUUCCCGUUGCGCUUCGAUCAAAGAUUUGGUCUGAAUGCAGUGGUGCAUCCUCGAUGCGGGUUCCAGGCUACUAUGAUGACUUGGUAAAGGGGAUUGGGGGUCUCGACCCUGACCCGACGGUUGUGGCUCAAAUCGACAUGGAUAUCAAUCGGACUUUAACAGACAACGUAUUCUUCCGGAAGGGCCCAGGCGUUGCUAAGCUCAAGGAAGUCCUACUGGCUUAUUCUCGUCGCAAUCCCGAGGUGGGAUACUGCCAAGGCAUGAAUCUGAUCGCUGCCUCUCUACUCCUGAUCACGCCUACUGCGGAAGACACUUUCUGGAUUCUCACUUCCAUGGUCGAGAUCAUCCUUCCAGCGCAUUACUAUGACCACGGUCUCAUGGCUUCUCGAGCUGACCAGGUCGUGUUGCGACAGUACAUUUCUCAAAUCCUCCCGAAGCUGUCCGCCCAUCUCGAGAGUCUAGGCGUCGAACUCGAGGCCCUCACGUUCCAAUGGUUCCUCUCUGUUUUCACAGAUUGCCUCUCCGCAGAAGCUUUAUACCGUGUUUGGGACGUAGUCCUCUGCCUUGAUGUUGCCAGUUCACCGAGCAAAGUCCCCCUCCCUCCGUCCAACCCCACAUCAUCGUCUGCAACGCGAGAUAAUGCCACAUCAAACACCUCCGCCAUCAACGGUGCGACAUCCGGAAGCGGUGGUGGAAGCACGUUCCUCUUCCAAGUAGCACUUGCCCUCCUAAAGCUGAAUGAGCCCCAGCUUCUCACCACCUGCUCCACCCCGGCAGAGCUCUACACAUACAUCAACCACCAGAUGACCAAUCACGCUAUCAGCAUCGACGGCCUAAUCCAAGCUAGCGAGGCCCUUCGAAACGUUGUGCGCCGCGAUGAUGUUGUCAUCCGAAGAGCCGAGGCCUUGCGAGAGAUGCGGGCACUCGCCGACUCCAAUCAAUCAGCCAUAUAG